GGCCAAGAAAUGUUUCCGUAUUUGCCCUCGCCAGCCGAACAAGAAGCCGGACAAGCGCCCAGUCUUGGCACGGGCGUUUUCGGGUCUGCGCCAUAAUCCCACGGAUUCCGCAUUCUUUCGCUUUCCCCUUCGCCCUCCAUUCUCCACCCACCAUUUCUUCCUCCUCCUCCUCCUCUUCGCUCUACUACCUCGACCUCCCCCCCGCCCUCCUCGGCUUCCUCCCCUCAUGAACCUGUGGACGGACGACAACGCCUCCAUGAUGGAGGCCUUUAUGGCCUCCGCCGACCUCCCCACCUUCCCCUGGGGGGCGACGGCCGGGGGCGGCAACUCGUCGGCCGCCGCUGCGACGCCGCCGCCGCCGCCGCAGAUGCCGGCGGCGGCGAUGGCGCCGGGGUUCAACCAGGACACGCUGCAGCAGCGGCUGCAGGCCAUGAUAGAAGGGUCCAGCGAGACAUGGACCUAUGCCAUCUUUUGGCAGUCCUCCCUGGACGCCGCCACCGGCGCCUCGCUGCUCGGCUGGGGGGACGGCUACUACAAGGGCUGCGACGACGACAAGCGCAAGCAGAGGCCGCUCACGCCCGCCGCCCAGGCCGAGCAGGAGCACCGCAAGCGCGUGCUCCGCGAGCUCAAUUCCCUCAUCUCCGGCGCCGCCGCGGCGCCCGACGAGGCCGUCGAGGAGGAGGUCACCGACACCGAGUGGUUCUUCCUCGUCUCCAUGACGCAGUCGUUCCUCAACGGGUCCGGGCUCCCCGGGCAGGCGCUCUUCGCGGGGCAGCCCACCUGGAUCGCCUCUGGCCUCUCCUCCGCGCCGUGCGAGCGCGCGCGCCAGGCCUACAACUUCGGCCUCCGCACCAUGGUCUGCUUCCCCGUCGGCACCGGGGUGCUCGAGCUCGGCUCCACCGACGUCGUGUUCCAGACCGCCGAGAGCAUGGCCAAGAUCCGCUCGCUCUUCGGGGGCGGAGCAGGGGGUGGCUCGUGGCCGCCCGUGCAGCCUCAGGCGCCGUCGCAUCAGCAGCCCGCGGCCGGACCCGACCAGGCGGAGACGGACCUAUGGCUCGCCGACGCGCCGGUCAUGGACAUCAAAGAUUCCAUGUCGCACCCGUCGGCUGAGAUCUCCGUCUCCAAGCCGCCGCCGCCGCCGCCGCCGCCACAGAUCCAUUUUGAGAACGCGAGCACGAGCACGCUCACGGAGAACCCCAGCCCAUCCGUGCACGCGGCGCCACCCCAGCCGGCGCCGGCCGCUGCACCGCAGCGGCAGCACCAGCACCAGAAUCAGGCUCACCAGGGCCCCUUCCGCCGGGAGCUCAAUUUCUCCGACUUUGCGUCCACCAACCCUUCUUCCUUGGCGGCGACCCCGCCCUUCUUCAAGCCCGAGUCCGGCGAGAUCCUCAGCUUCGGCGCCGACAGCAACGCCCGGAGGAACCCGUCGCCGGCUCCUCCCGCCGCCACCGCCAGCCUCACCACCGCUCCCGGGAGCCUCUUCUCGCAGCACACGGCGACCAUGACACAGGCCGCCGCGGCGAACGACGCCAAGAACAACAAUAAGCGUUCAAUGGAGGCCACCUCCCGGGCGAGCAACACCAACCACCACCCGGCGGCGACGGCGAACGAGGGCAUGCUGUCCUUCUCGUCGGCACCCACUACGCGGCCGUCGACGGGCACGGGCGCGCCGGCCAAGUCCGAGUCCGACCACUCGGACCUGGAUGCGUCCGUGCGCGAGGUGGAGAGCAGCCGCGUCGUGGCGCCGCCACCGGAGGCGGAGAAGCGGCCGCGAAAGCGCGGGCGGAAGCCGGCGAACGGGCGCGAGGAGCCGCUGAACCACGUGGAGGCGGAGCGGCAGCGGCGAGAGAAGCUGAACCAGCGCUUCUACGCGCUGCGCGCCGUGGUGCCCAACGUGUCCAAGAUGGACAAGGCGUCGUUGCUCGGCGACGCCAUCUCCUACAUCAACGAGCUCCGCGGCAAGCUGACGUCGCUGGAGUCCGAUAAGGACACGCUGCAGGCCCAGAUCGAGGCGCUCAAGAAGGAGCGCGACGCGCGGCCACCCGCGCACGCCGCUGGGCUCGGCGGACACGACGGCGGGCCGCGCUGCCACGCGGUGGAGAUCGACGCCAAGAUCCUAGGUCUGGAGGCCAUGAUCCGCGUGCAGUGCCACAAGCGCAACCACCCGUCGGCGCGGCUGAUGACGGCGCUCCGCGAGCUGGACCUGGACGUCUACCACGCCAGCGUCUCCGUCGUCAAGGACCUCAUGAUCCAGCAGGUCGCCGUCAAGAUGGCCAGCCGCAUAUACUCGCAGGACCAGCUCAACGCCGCGCUCUACAGCCGCCUCGCAGAGCCUGGGUCUGCCAUGGGCAGGUAAUCAAGGAGAGUUCAGCUCGCCUGUGGCUGCCGGAUAGGGACGAUACUGAUACUGCUAUUCACCACCGGACUUUUCAUCAUCGUCACCAUGGUUACAACACGAUAGCCAGAGAGAUUCAGGAGGAGGGAGACGACGCUGAUGCUGGUGUUGUUGUUGUUGUUGUUGUAAACUUUAGUAGGAAGGAUGGAUGAUGAUAGCUUCUGCAGUUCUUCUGCUGUUCAUCAUCUUGUUGUGUUUUUGCUAGUAGCGUGUUAAUUAGCAGGAUUAAGCAACCAACCACCACAAAGCGUCCACCCGCCGUUGUUGUUAACUAAGUACCUGUUGUUAUGAGCUGUGAUGAUGGAUCGACUGAUGUUAGCGGUUGGUCAGUUGAAUCCAAAACUGUAUAUAGGAUGGAUCAAACGUCGUCGCACUGGGUGGAGGUGGACGAUGAUGCCCUGAUCCUGAUGAUGUAUGUAUUUUACAGCAGGAUUUCGCUUGCAAUGGAGUCUGGUUUUUUUGAUCUCAUAACAACAAUACAUAUGGUCUUUGGUUGGUUUA